UUGCGAUUGUUUAUUAUGGAGCCCAUUUUUAAAGGAAUAGUUAUCUGCGUUUUGUGUUUGGUUGUUGUUGUGUUAGCAACUGUUUUAGCGCUUUUUUGGACAAUGCCUGACUUAUCAAACACUGUUACUAAUGACAAAAUAUGUUUGCCAUCUGAAAAUGGUAUUCUUCGUUGUGGAAAUGCACCGGAUUUAAUACAUGAUUAUUUAGAGAGGAUAACGGCUGAAAAAUAUGACAAGAUUAAACAAGAGGACGAAGAGCGGCAACAGAAAUACCUAGACGAAAACAGAGUCCGCCUGAUGGCCAUUUAUGACAAAUAUUUUUGGGAAAUGAAGCCAGCUGCUAAACUAACGGGAAAAGAACAGUCAAAGCAAAACAAAAAGAGUCAUGCAGAGAUGACGCCGAUACGAGUUUGGCGCCAUGGGAGAGAACUCUACGAUACAAGCGGGUUUGAACGUUACGGCUUGCGAUAUAGAAAUGGUCGUUUAGUUGUCCCUGUAUCAGGCACUUACUUCAUAUAUUCUCAUGUUGACUUUUUCGAGCCUUGCGUCCCCUCCACCGGUAAACCAAAUGUUAAGAAUACAAGCAUACCAAUUAAACACGGUAUUUUUAAGUUCAAUAUCUUGGACGUGGAGGAGUCUGAAUUAGUUUCAAGCGUUCAGCCUCACACUAUUUCCAGCAAUCGAUACUUCAACUCGUACAAUAGUUACGUAUCGACACUUGCUGAAUUAAAAGCUGGAGACGAAAUAUCAGUGAAAGUAUCAAAUAUUACUUAUUUGAAAUAUACGAGAGAUAACUAUUUUGGCUUGAACCUAGUUUAGAUCUCCCCUAUAUGGACGGCGUCCUCGCUCGCGGGGAGGGGCAGUGAUGGAAGCUUUAAUUUGUUCUUGAUAUUCCCUCCAAAUACAAAAGUUUUGGUUCCUUAAUGAAGCUCAUUAGAAUCGCAAUGAUUUUUCUUUUAGGAGGGAAUAUUGCAAGCAUAUAGGGUGUAAAGAUAGUUCGUUACUGUUUAACAAACAGCUUUCAGAUUUUUCUAAGAUAUAAAAUACAACACAAAAUAUCCAUAUUAUUUACCGAAAGACUACCUGUGGUCAUGUGUUAAGUUUUUGGAUAAGUUCAGAUGAAUACAUAGCAUUCUUUGUACAAAAUGACAUUUUUGUUUUCAUUUUUAUGCGUUAAGGCCAUUUGCACAUGUGCACAUAGUUAUAGUUGUAAAGUAAAUGAUUUUUGUAUUGUACAUAAAUAUUUACAUAUACAUGUAUGUCGUAAAUUUCUAAUGUUAGAAAGUGAGAAAUGCAUGUUUAUUUUGAAAAAAAAAAGAUUCUCUCUCUCUCUCUCUCUCUCUCUCUCUCUCUCUCUCCCCUCUCUCUCUCUCUCUUUCUUUGCAUAUCCGCAUAUACAUUUUGUGUCGUAUGGCCGAAAAACUAUACAUGUCGUACUGUUUAUAGGAUUAUUUGUCAAACUGAAACUAACUUUCCUUACACCCUUUACAAGAUAUUUUUUACUUGUAGGAUCAAAAUAUAUUUCUUCUAGUGAACUGCAGAUGCAGCAAAGCGAGUGAAUAUCUAUUACUUUAUUCAACAAUCAGUACACAACUAAUUUGAAGUCCGUUUUAAAUGUUGAAAGGUUUCCAUCACUGGCUGACAGUCCAUGUUUAUUUAUCCAUAGUAAGUGCCUGCUACCUUCUUAAACAUAUACCACUAGAGCCAAAUUAUGUUAAAUGAUUAUUGUGCACUUAUUUUUUCCAACGAUUAGUCCUGCCUUUUUCAUUCAUUUGUUAAUUGUUUAUUAAAGGCUCACAAUGCCUUUGUUUAUUAAAUGGCUUUGUUAUCUAUACUGAAAAAAAAAGUUCUUGUUCAAUCCAGUUUAAUGCGUGCGCGUGUUUAUGAUGAUUUGUAAACAUGUUCAUAAUAAUACGCCAUUCAUUGUGAACUGUUUUGUUUUCUGCUGAGAAGCACUUAGACACGAUGAUUAAAGUCUACGUGAUGAUAAGUUGCGGAUAUAUGUCACGUAAUGGAUUAAUUAUUAAUGCACGAUAUUCAUGUUUGUGUUGUGUAAUAAAAAGCAUUUUGAAAAAGUGUUACUCACGCACGGUAUUUCUAACAAUAAAAUGUUUAUGUUAUUAUUGAGUAAAGGGGAAUCAGGUAGUGAAACCAUUAUCCAUGAUUUUUCGGCGUGUCGUAUUAAGCACAAUAAAAGUUGCGCUGAUUGGAGGAAAGGCUGAAAAUGUUUCACUCUGAGUCAUGUGUGACACAGAGUGAAAUGACAACGCGUUCGUCAUCUAUAACCUCUAUAAGUACAGCACCAUCGGGUUGUAUACGUACCACUUGAAGAGGUGUGCAUAACCAAAUAUUCAUCUGUUCAUCCGGAUAUAUUUCUGUUUUGUUUAGUUUCCUUUCCUUAAGUUUUGUUUUUACAAAAAGGUUAUUUGUUUUAUACAGUCAUUAACUCUUACCCUGCAUUACAGCAACACUUUCUAACCAGUGCAGGUCAUUACUAACCUGCAACAACAUGUCCGAUACUGUUAAAUUUUAUACUCUAAAUUUUAGAUUAAUCUUUCCGGUGAAAGUAGUACUGUACAUAUUCUGAAAAAUAGACAGAUUUGAUAAUAAGCCAGAGUAGGGUAAGGAUUCAUGUUGCUUCCAACAAUUUCAGAAAUAAAGUAUAGAACGUAUUUCAAUAUUGUUUGCUUACUGUUACCAAAGUUGCUCAAAGUGAGCUUUUGUGAUUGUUUGGUGUCCGUCGUGUGUCCCUCCGCAAUUUCUAAACACAGUCUUCUUCAGAACUACUGUCCUCAUUUAUGCAAAACUUCACAGAGGCCCCUUUCAACAUUGCAAAAAGAUUUAAAAUGCAGGUUUCUGUCCAUAUAUAACUUGUGUUUCAGUUACAUCACGCCGACCAUCUUUUUUAAAGAUAUUUCUUGUUAGUUAUACUUUUGAAUCGAGUUGCCAUGAAGUAAACCCUGAUUUACCAAUAAAGACAUAAGGCGUAAAAAUAUUUGUUUCCGGUAUCCCGACCUACCCUAAUUUUUGGCCCGACCCUAAAUGUUUUUAUGGCUUUGGACAUUUUUCCCAAUUUUUUUGACAAAAAGUUGCAAUACUGCACUUUUUAUGCUUUAAACAUGGCCAGUGAUAAUGUUUUUGUUAUCGUGAGUGUGACUUGUCAAAAUAGCUGACAUAAAAAAGGAAAAAUAAAUAUGUAUGUUUAAGAGAUGUUUUCUCUUAAAAAGUCAAUGUCCGUAAUACUUGCAUUCAGCAGGUUACGAGUUUUAUUUUUUGAAAUAUUGUAUUUUCUUAAUAAACUGAUUUGUAGAUAUGCUCUGUUCUAUUCAUUGAUAUACAAAACAUUUUAAAAAAGGGUUAUUUGACGAAUGAACUACAUUUUCGUGUUUUUCACUUGUUGAACGUUUUUGUAUUCAGAGGGCGAUGACCUAUACGCAUGCUUUACACACAGCUAAUGUGUAUUAUAUCACUUACGCUGUAAAUUACAGUUAAUUAUCAGACAUUAUUAUCGAUCGAAGUAUUUUAUUGCGCCAUAUUCAAUGAAACGUCGUACAAUUAUAUGACGUAAAGCGAGUACGCAGUUACAUAUAUUAUACAUUUCCUUUCUUUCAAUCAGUUGUUCUAAAUACGUGUUAAUAUUUUCAGUUUCGUUAUUAAAAAGGUUUCUAAACAUGAAAGGUUUAUACAUAUUUCUGGAAUCAUUUCACGUAAAUAGUUAGAAUCUUUAAAGUUGAGUACUCUUUUAUAACACUUUUCGAUCUGUUUUCGUUUUUAAAAGAGGUAAACAAAGAUUAAAGAUUCUUCUUAUAUUUUUUGUUCAAAUGUGAUGACAAUGAUUGAUGAUGUUUAAUGAUUUAAUUAAUACGAGAUAUUGAACUCAUUACUACUUACAAUUACCAUAUAACAUUUUGUAUUUGCUCUAAGGAAUUUCACUUUUAACUUAACGUGUUGGUAAUGGUUAAUAGAAAAACAGAAUAUUUGAAUUUUUGUAAAGUAUAUGUGUUAAGGUUAAAUUUUUGUAAGAAGCCAACAAAUCUCACCGAAACUACGAAUUCCCUCCAGCUCACUUAAAAUGUGAACGAUAGCUUUAAAGGAAGCAAAUUAUCCACAAAAACUUGUUUCAUCGUUUACAUGCAAUGGUUUUAUUUAUUUAUUAGUUAAUAACAGACGUUCUUACUCAUUGUUGUCUGCAUAUGUCAGUGAUAUAUAUUUCUCAGUUGAUAGUAAAUUUGUAAAAUUAAAUAUUAACAUAGGGUAAUACAUGUACACUAAAUUUACUUUUAAAUAAUUGUAUGAUUUUAGGUGACUUAUAGGCCCAUUGGGCCGGUAGCGUACUAUUUUUGUAUGUAUGUAUUGUAAAACUUAUGCACAUGUCACGUUAAUAAAACAUUUACUUACUUACUUACUUAUAUUUGAUCUUCUUGUGAUAUAAAAAAAAACAACCGGAGUCGUUACUGCGCAUAAAGUUCAAUAAAAUACUGAGUCACUUACUUUUUACUAUUAUUAUUAUUAUUAUUCUUAUUGUUAUCAUUAAUUGUUAUGAUUAAAGUUGUUAUUGUUAUUAUUAUUAUUAUUGUUGUUGUUGUUAUAAAAAUUCAUGUCUUGAAAUAAAUCCUUUCUUUCUGAA